UUUCACCCACUCUGACUGCCUCUCUCUCUCUCUCUCCCUCUCCCUCUUCCCCUCAGAUACACACACACACACACAUGCACACAGACAGACCCCCCUCUCACACAGGAGUAGAUAGAGAGCGGUGAAGAGCAGAAGGAGCUGGGUGGCAGGAGAGAGGCAGGAGGGCUGUUGUUGAUUGAACAAAGCCAGGAAGGGAGUGCGCAGUCCUGGUGAGAAGAACAGCUGUGAAAUGCCUCGAAGGGAGCCUGCCAGCAACUCCUGCAGAGACCUGAAGGUGUUGAGCUUCAGCUGAGGAUGGCAGGAGACUCUCGAGUCCUCAUGGACCACAACAUGGAGAUAGGAGUCACACCUGCACAGGUGAAGAAACUUCCUAAACACUUGCGGGAGGCUCAGAUCUCGACAGAGCGAACCCACUUGAUUUCUGAUCCGGCGAAGAAGCCACGUCAGCGAUACGUGCAGAAGGACGGCAAGUGCAACGUUCAUCAUGGAAAUGUGCAAGAGACCUACCGAUACCUCAGUGACUUGUUCACUACGCUGGUGGACCUACGCUGGCGUCUUAGCCUCUUCAUUUUCACCUUGGUCUAUAUAGUCAACUGGCUUUUCUUUGGCUUUCUGUGGUGGCUGAUAGCGCUCAUCCGUGGGGAUCUGGUGCAUGCCGAUGAGGAGGGCUGGACCCCCUGUGUGGAGAACCUCAACAGUUUUGUCUCAGCCUUCCUCUUCUCCAUUGAAACAGAGACCACCAUUGGGUACGGUUAUCGUGUAAUCACAGAGAAAUGCCCUGAGGGGAUCAUACUGCUUUUGGUGCAGGCCAUCUUGGGUUCCAUUGUUAACGCCAUGAUGGUGGGCUGCAUGUUUGUCAAGAUCUCACAGCCAAAGAACCGCGCCGAGACCCUCAUGUUCUCGCACAACGCUGUCAUAUCGGUGCGAGACAACAAGAUGUGCCUGAUGUUUCGGGUGGGGGACCUGAGGAACUCUCACAUCGUGGAGGCAUCGAUCCGAGCGAAGCUGAUCCGCUCGCAGCAGACCAAGGAGGGGGAGUUCAUCCCGCUCAACCAGACUGACAUCAACAUCGGCUUUGACACGGGAGACGACCGGCUUUUCCUGGUGUCGCCGCUGAUCAUCUCUCACGAGAUCAACGAGAAGAGCCCUUUCUGGGAGAUGACACUGACGCAAAUGGAGAAGGAGGAGUUCGAGAUUGUGGUUAUCCUUGAGGGCAUGGUGGAGGCCACAGGGAUGACAUGUCAGGCACGAAGUUCCUACCUGGACACAGAGGUGCUUUGGGGCUACCGCUUCACGCCGGUUCUUUCCCUGGAAAAGGGCUUCUACGAAGUAGACUACAACAACUUCCACGAGAUCUACGAGACCAACACCCCCACCUGCAGCGCCAAGGAGCUAGCUGCUAAGCUUCGGGAGGGGCCGCUAUUGCCUCAGCUUUCACUCCUCACCCCUGAUCCCAAAACGCAUAGUACAUUUGACCGCCUGUCUGAACGGGACCCACUCAGCCCAGAUGAGGACAAGGAGGAGAGAGAUUCAGGGGGUGACAGAGGAGAGACCAAUGGUUCAGCUGCUGCUUUGGAGGAUCCGCCUCUUGUUGAUGGACUGCCUGACUGAUGUGACUGACGGCCACAUCAGCAAAAAACCCAGGAGAGACUGGACAAGAGGACGGGACAAUAUAAUGCUUAAUUUAGUCAAUGGCCAGCUUGUUCCUUUGCAAUGCUCGGAGAUACAAGACAUCCGUCUCCAGCCCCCGACUCAUGCAAUACUCCUCUACUAGAGUGUCAAUCUAUAGUAUAGAUUGGUUUUGUAGACACGUAAGUACACAUACACAGACACACACGUACAGUAUCUAUAUCUACACUUAAAGGUUGGUGGUCAGAUUGUCUUUUUAUAAUCGCAACGACCACUUACUGCUGCAACAGCUGUAAGUUGUAUAAUGUAAACUUGAGUUGAAACUGGUAGCCAUGACAGAGUACCAUGGGCUUAUUGUGGAUACUCCAAUAUUCUCAUUUUAGAGUGUGUUGAUUCAGCUUCAUUUGAAUAUCAGUCUCAUAACUCAGCUAAUGUGUCAGACAGCAGCUUCUGAGUGAUAAUGGAACCUUGUUAUGACCAUUUUUUAAAAACGUGAGAGAUUAUUAUUUCCUUUUUUCUGUCAGUGUUGUUAUUAUUCUGUGUCAGAAACCUAAUUCACCCAGGAGGAAAAGUAUAGGGCUUCUAGUUCGCAUAGGCAAGAGAAAACAUAGGACAUGUGUACUGGCAACCACAAUCAAAAUUUCUUUGUUCACACCUUCCUCAUGGUUGUACUGUCGUAAAUACCAUCAUUGUGUGUCUGAUUGGCGCCCCCAACAUACUGGGAGCCUUGACCCAAAAGAAACCAGCUAGUACCUCAUUUUAUACUCAUUUUCAGGGUUUGAAAUUAACAAUGAGAAGUAGGCAAAUGCUGGUAAAAAGAUGUAUAUGCCACUGACUGACCAUUUUGAAAACCUCUUGAAUAGUUAAAGAUUUAAUUCCCCUUACCAAUGCAGCAACUAAAACAUUAAUUUUCUUGGUAAAGCACAAUUUCCCAUGAGAUGACUCCACAGUGACCUGACCGCCCACCUAGCCCCCGCUCCGGGCAUGUCAUACUUAAAAGUGACAUUCAAAUGUAGAUUCAAAUAUUUAUAUGAAACAUCAAUGCUCAACUGCUAUUUGAAAUGCUCUCGAUUUUUACACACCACGCACAUGAAUAUUUCAAAUGCUACACAAGCAAAGUGAAAUACUCCGUGUAAACCAUGUUUGUUUUGUUUUUGUUUUAAAUAUUUAAAACGAUAUACAACCUUUGAUGUUUUCCAGCUACAUAAAAGUUGAAUCGACUGAAGAUGGGAGCAGGUUUUCUGUCUAAUCUCACGAGUUUAGUAUCUGGCCAGCUCAUCACCUGCAAUAUUUGCCUUGUUUGUAAUUAUUUCCUCCAAACUUCAUCUUCAGCAGUCACCUCAUGAUUUUAAGCCUUCUCUGUCCACACACACACACACACACACACACACACACACACACACUUGGUUCAAUCUGCACUUUGGCCCUGUUCCACAAACCACCCCUGGGUCUUUUGCUUGAUAUAGUUUAUGGCCCUUGUGACUACUGUUUUGGAAGCUGACACUUGUCCUGUGAGGGCCAUAGCCUACAGUAUUUCUUGACUUUUCUUUGAAAGGACACAUGUCAGAGCUUGCAUGCAUGAAUCAAACCCUAUGCGUCUCAUUGCUGAGUAAGUUUAAUACAGUUAGAAAUACAGGGUAUUUUCUAGGCAUGCAAAUUAUGAGAUUUCUACAAUAUAUUAUCAGAAAAAAAAUCUCCCACUCCCCAAUUCAAUGUUAAACUGUUUUUUUUUUUGUCCAAUAAAUGUAUUUAUUUUCACUGUGACAUUUCAGCAUCUUACUAUGUACUCCAUUUGCUAAACAAUACGUUUUUCAUUAGCGAGAGAUCAUCUUUCAUUGCUGGAAUGUCAUCUGUUGUCUGUGUGUUCUCAUGGGAAUAAACAUAAUAUGGCCGAAAGAACAACAUGUUCCUGUUAGAUAAUGUGUGCAUGCAUGAGCGAUUGUAGGAGAGUGUGUGAGUGUGUCAUUAUUUUGCACAUUUACUUUGCAACUGAGGAUUGGAGAGUUUUAUUUACCACGUGUGACACUGCACUGUAUCAGCUGUAGUGUGACAAAAUGACAGAUUUAUGGCCAUGGGUAAAACAGCUGACACACAAGCUACCUGAAAACUGGAUUAGUCGUGUAUCUAAUCAUGAAAGGGAGACUUAAGCAACCUUUAAUUAUCAGCACAACAAUCUUGUCUUGUACUGAGGCUCGAGGCAAAAACUGCUUCAUGCAUAGGGGAACAAACAUGAGGGAUAACAUCAAGAACUUUGUCGCCCACUUUCCGUGUCUAAAUUUGAAUUAAUUAAUUAAAAUGAUACACCAGUGAAGUGUGGUUGCAUCUCAGUAGCAACCCAAAGCCUCCCUGUACUAAACCCUAAAAUCUAACAAUAGUUGCUCAAGCCUAUAAAGGCAUAUAACCAAUGGUUUCUCGUGGAUUGGAUGAUUGCGUCCUCAGGACCUUAACAGCAUCCCUGAGUCAGCUUUGUGUUAGGAGACUGCAAUUACACAAACACAUGCACACACAGGAAGACACAAUCGCAGAAAACAGCCGGCAGACUGAUUAAGAAGGCCACCACAGCUAUUAACUAGCGACAGAGAAAACGCUGCAGAAGUCACAGGGGUAAUCAAAUUCAUCCAGUGUCUACAGAGUACAACCAGUCCUAAAAUGAAACAUGACAUUACAUUUGGUGUCCAGUGUGUCAUAGAAAUUCACAGAAUCAGAGCAAUGCGCUGUCAAGGCUAUUCUUGUCCGAGCUAUUAAAUUUUGGAGCUGGAUCGUCAGAAGGCUGACAGUGCCUGAUUCAAAUCUGAAUAAUGUACGAUGAUGAAUAUAAUGCGCCAUUGAAUGGUGCAUUGAAAUAGGUACCCAAGGCAGGUGCAUGUGGGUGAGCAUGGGGGAGAGAAAGAGAGGGCGAGAGACAUAAUCAGUCAUCACAACCUCAAGCCAACAGUGCACAUGAACACACAAUAACACCGACAAACACACAACAAAAUUAUCCGUUUAAGCUUUUGCCAAGUUUGAUGUGCCCUUUUGACAACGAGGAAAUUAUGAAAGGAAAAGAACAAAGAAAGAAAAGCAUGCAAAAGCUGAUGAAUGGCACGGCACCAACAGAGUAACUAGCUAUUGUUCUUUCUCUUUCCAUAGCUAGCUAAUACUCUUCCCUUCUCCUUUAAAUAAUGCAUGCUUGUGACGAAGAAGGAAGCACAUAGGCCAUUAACAACUGUGUAGUCAGAAUAAAACAUCCUGCACAAGAAAGAGAAUUAUAGUCACAGGGAGAAAAAAACGCAAGUGGGAGGAAUUUCACUCUGGUGCAACACACUAGUGUAAGCUCUUUCCAUAUCCUUGCUCUAUCCUCGGACUCCCCUUAUUCUGCUCAAACAACUCCCACACAGAGGGAACACACACACAAUGCAACAGGGCAUGGGUUAUUUUACAAUAUUUUUCACAUAUUUUUCUGGAUUGCCUGGUGAUGUUUUUAUUCUCCAACAUCUAGAGCAACAUCCAAAGAUGAAAAAGCAAACCUCAUUGCCCCCUCUUUAGCAACGGCGACACCCUGCUGCAAUUAUAUCUUAUUAAGCAUUCAAAUAUCCUCUUACAUGGUACUGUAAUGGUUCCCCCGCCGUCAUUCCCUUACAGCUCCCACUGGUAACAGAAGGCUUUAUGUGUGUGCUUUAUGCCAUUUGUUUCUUUUCUCUUUUUCAAGCUUGUAAUUUAACUCUCUGUGUGCACAUUCAUCUUCGUGUGCAGCUCUUAUGUUGCAUCCCGUAAGACCUGGUGGGUUUCAUGGGAAUCUUCCAAUGCACUGUUAGUCUGCACAAAAGCUGUAAGCCCGCCAGAAAUCCAGCAGUGAACAUGUUACAAAACCUUAUGUAAUACAGCUUCACACAGAGCAAGUGAGCCAAUCACAAGAAGGUGAUGUAUUUCAGUCUGCUGUUUGUUCAAGGUGAUAAUUUGUUUGGAGCAGUUCAGUUAAACAGUUUGAAGCAGUUCAUUUAGGAGGAAACCCAUAUUGGAGCUACUCAUCCAUCCAUCAUUUUCCUAGAGCAGAAACAGCGCAUAUGUCAAACACAUACAGCCUCACACAUUUCUUAGAUGUGUGAAUGCAGAUAUUUCACAGAUAGUGGCUAGAAGUAUGCGAAAACCAUUAGCACAGGGAAGUCUGUUUGGUUCUGUAUGAAAGGAGUUUGAUAAAAAAUAUUUUUUUCAGAGUUUUGAAUGGAGCAGGCAGACAUAUACACAGACACAGAGAGAGAAACAUUUUCCUUUUCCCAGCCAGGAGACAGAGGUCUGCCCUUUGAUGUGUCUGGACGAUGGCAGCCUUUGAUGAGGAUUUCUAUGGCCGCGGAGUGGCUGUGGCUUCAAAUUAAGCUGGCUGAGCUUCUCCUGCUGAGAUGCACAGGCAGGCAACACUGAGGGCACAAGAAUAUUGUCACAACGCCUGCCUAUGUUUAGUCAUUUUUGCAAAUUUUUGCUCGUUUUCCUGUUUUUCCAGCCUGUCAUUUUGACAUACCUGCCAUUCCCCACAUGCCCCACAGCGUGUUCCCACCAUUCCCAGCCACCUGAUCGCCUCAUUCACCAGAACACCUGUUCCCCAUGCCCUCAUUAGCUCCCCUGCAUAUAUACCAGCUUUCUCUGCCCAGUCAUUUGCCAGAUACUCUAAUGUACUAGUUCAGCUCAUCCGCCUCUUGCCUGCUUUGUGUUUCCUUGCUGACUGAUUACCCGUUGCCGAACUCUACCUUGAUCUUCUUACCAAGUAAAAGACUGAUUGCUUCCAA